AUGAUAUGCAUUUUUCUUAUUGUUCAAGGUGUUUGUGGUCUCGUCGUGGUCUUAGUUUAUAUCACUGUAGCCGUUGCUAACUGCAAUCCAAUCAAUACAACUUUUCCGUUGCAACUAAAUGGAAAUGUUGUCAAGUGCAUCUUUGUUGUCACCUAUUGGCUUCUUACAUUUUCUAUUGCUUGGUUUGCCAUUGGUCACAUUUGGAUAUUUCGAAAAACAAAUGUAUCGAGUAAAGGACAAUUUUGCGAGACAAACGUUUCAACAGUUAGUAUUAUAAUCUUACUAUAUGGAUAUAUUCUUGGAAUUUGGUAUAUUGGUUUCAGUAUAUGGAAUAAUGCAUCAAUUUUACGUUGGCUUCAAAACAUAAUACGACAGCGACUCGAACAUAAUUUAAUAUCAAGUUUUUUAUUUUCAAAUGAAAAACAAUUAAUACUUGUACCAUCCGUUGCUUUUCGUCAUCGUUCAAAUAAUAGUACAAAUCCUUCGGAUGAUUGGAUGCUCUAUGCUCAAGGGUGGUUUUUUGAAGAAAAUGGUAUUCGUGCAAAAUUUAUAAGAUCAAUAAUUUCACCAUUUGUUGAUAAUAUAGAUAAAAAACGUAUUUCUUAUUUUACUGGUAGUGGAAAAAAACAUAAAUCAUUAUGUAUUGAUGGUUUAACAUAUGAAAUGUGUACAAAAACUGACGCACAUGGUUUAAUUAAAAAACAAUUUCAAAUAUCAAAUAAUGAUAUUAAACAACUACGUAUUCCAGGUGGAAAAUAUGGAAAAAUUGAAUAUUCUGUAUCAGCAUUAAAACAAAAUAUGAAAACAAAAGGUGAAAUUUUCUUAUGUGAUGAUAAUGGUAUAUCAAUUAUUAGUGAUAUUGAUGAUACAAUAAAAAUAACAGGUGUAACGAGUAUUCGUUCUGUACUUCGAAAUACAUUUGCUGGAACAUUUCAUGCAGUUGCUGGUAUGUCAGAACGAUAUCGUCAUUAUGAAUCAUAUUAUAAUGCUACAUUUCAUUAUUUAACUGCAUCACCUGAUCAAUUAUAUCCAUUUUUACGUGAAUUUCUUGAUCGUGAACAAUUUCCAUUGGGUUCUUAUCAUAUGAGACAUUUUUCAUGGUUUGAUAUAGAUUUUUUUCAAUUUUUCUUAUCAAAAUCAUUUAUAAAACAAAAGACAAGUAUUUUAAAUAUGUUUAUUCAAGAAACAUAUUCAAGAAAAUUUAUUUUAUUUGGAGAUAUUUUUCAAAAAGAUCCAGAAAUUUAUGCAGAUAUUUAUCGAAAAUAUCCAGAAAGAAUUUUAAAAAUAUUUAUACGUGUUUCACAACUUAACGAACCAAAUCGUUUAAAUAAAGUCUUUCAACAAAUACCAAAAUCAAAAUGGGAUAUAUUUGUUGAUGGAUUUGAUUUACCUGAACAUUUUUUUUGA